GCACCGCGCCGAGGGGCGGGGCCGGGCCGCGGAGGGUGCGCGUGGCGGGCGGCGCGCCCCGCGCGACUCCAGCCCCCGGCGGCGCCCGCCGCAGCGCGCGGGGGUGCGGGCCCGGGAGCCCCACCCCGGGGGGAGCCCGGCUGCGGGACACGCCCCAGCGCGAGGCGUGACGGGCCCGACCUCCCCCCGGGUCCGCAGCCACGUUCCGGGGCCCCGGCCCUGCGCGCACUGCCCGGGGCCGGCCCCGCCCGGAGCGCUGCGUGGCGCAGUUCCUAAGUACGUGCUCCGGCCCCGAACCCACUCCCCAGCCCAGGCGCCCGGCGCGGCCGAGGGCUCCGCAUCGCCCCGCGGGGGCUGCGCUGGAUGUCCCGGGCAGCGCCGAGAGCGAGCCCCGCCGUGCGGGUUCCGGGGCCGCGCCGUGUCCUGCCCCGCGCCCUGAAUACCCGCUCCGCUUCUGCAGGCGGUGGCGCUGGCGGGCGUGGCGGCAGCUGAGGGGCCCCGAACCCUGGAUACCCGCCGGGUUAUGCAGGCAGCGGGCGGGCGCCGCCGCGCCGUGCGCGGGCGGGGCGGGCUGCGGCAGCGGGCGGGCCGGGUGCGGCGGCGGCGGCGGCACCACCAUGUCGGAGGCGGCGGUGGCGGACACCCGGCGCCUCAACGCCAAGCCGCAGGACCUCACGGACGCUUACGGGCCGCCCAGCAACUUCCUCGAGAUCGACAUCUUCAACCCGCAGACCGUGGGCAUGGGCCGCGCCAGAUACACGAGCUACGAGCUGCGAAUGCGGACAAACCUCCCGAUCUUCAAAUUGAAAGAGUCGUGCGUGAGGAGACGAUACAGCGACUUUGAAUGGCUGAAGAAUGAGCUGGAACGAGACAGUAAGAUUGUAGUGCCACCUCUGCCUGGAAAAGCUUUGAAACGACAGCUUCCCUUCCGAGGAGAUGAAGGCAUCUUUGAGGAGUCCUUCAUUGAGGAGCGGAGACAGGGACUAGAACAGUUUAUUAACAAAAUUGCUGGACACCCCCUGGCACAGAACGAGCGCUGCUUACAUAUGUUCCUGCAAGAGGAGACUAUUGAUAGGAAUUACGUCCCAGGGAAAGUGCGCCAGUAGGAGCACCUGGCACCGUCUUCCUCCAUUCCACCCUCCUUCCUGCAAAAAUGACAUUUAUUUUUACACUAAAUCUGUCUUCUCUGAACCAGCUUUUCCUCUCUUGAACCUCCCAGUUUGUUCAGUAUUUUCCUCUUUUGUAACUGGCAGCAGCUUGUUCUACUGGGCUGUGGUCUUGGCCUAAAGUAUGAAGAUUUAUGCAAGUGAGUGUGUUGUCCCGUGCCUAGGGGCAGGUGUGAAUAGGUGUGGAGCAGGAACUUGCUUAUGGCGUUACAGUGUAGGAGCUGCCUCUCUCCCUGUACAAGAAGGUAUGAGAUGCCAUUCACUCCCCCCUGUCUGUGCAGCCCCCAAGCAUCUCUGCAGGAGACUCUGAAGAACAGCAGUUGUCCUGUUGGUCAGUGAUCACCUCCGGUGUUAGAGUUUUAGUAACUAUCCAGAACAGCAAGUAGGUGCCUGGGUGUGUUGGUCUCUCAUCCACCCCUCUCACCCUGCAUGAAACCCCCUUUCUUCACUGUCUGGAAGUGCUGAGACCCUCCUGGGCAAGGACCUCCUUCUAACCCUGCUCUCAGCCUCCUGCGUUACAGACCCGUGUGGUGUAUCUGUGUUAAUCUCCCUCCUUCCUAACGUGCUGCUAGCAGCUCAAGGGGUUUCCAUGAUGUGUGCUCUCUGUGGGCACUUUGGUGUGUGGUAGCUGGGAUGCCCUGUCGCAGGGUGCUCCGCUGAGCCGGGGUGUCCGUACCCCGCACCCCGGCAGCAGAGGGGAGCAGACAGGGCUGGCCGAGGGGCUGGUGGGGCUGUUGUGUGGUGGCUGCCGCGGGAGGAGCCCAGCGGUGGGGCCUGGGCUGAGGUCACCUCCAGAAAGGGAUGGCAGAAAAUGGUCAGUCCUGGACUAGCAUUUGAUUGUGGAGCAGAAGAAGUUACGAGGCUUUGUGCGUGUUCUCCCCUGUUCUGCAGGGAGCCAGGCAGUGGCUGAUGUGGAAGUGAGGACACGGGACUGGUCAGGAAAGGUUUCAGAGCUUGAGGGGGACCGCGAGGCUGUGACUUGCUGCAGCAGAACUGUCUUUUGAAGGCUCCUCCAGCUGUGACAAGCGGGGUUGGGCCUCAGCUUGGGGGCUGCUCAGGUCAAGGCUGGCUGGUUUAUAAGCGCUUGGUCACUUUGUGGUGGCUCUUUGCGGUGGCACAGUUGAGCCCUUCUCGGAGCACAGCCCUGCAGUGGCUGCUCUGCAUCCCUGCCACGCACCCCCCGAGGCCUCCUGCACGUCCUGGGUUUUCCGGUGAGGAACUGGCACUGCUGGGUGAGGGGUGGCUCUCGGGGAGGAGAAGUAGCUGAUAGCAGGAGGGAGCUGCCCUGGGGGCCCAGAGGGGCAGUGGGUGCCAGUGGAGGCGGCCACCCGUGCCUGCAGUGGGGCUCAGCUCCGGCCCCCUCCUCCUGCCCCGCCUGUCCCGCCCGCCCGGCUGUCUCCAUCCCGUCCAGUGUAACGUUCAGUUAGCAUUAAACCACUGUGAAGCCA